AUGUCAUUUCAGAUUACAGUUAUGGAGAGAGAGAUAGAUAGAUAGAGGGAGAGAGAGAGAGAGAGAGAGAGAGAGAUAGAUAGAUAGAGGGAGAGAGAGAUAGAUGAACAAAGAGAGAGAGAGAUAGAUAGACAGAUAGAGAGAGAGAGAGAUGGAGAGAGAGAGAGAGAGAGGCUUUUCAGCAGUCAAGGGGGCGGCGAUAGUCGGGGGGGAGGGUGGGGCAGCGCUCGUUCAUGUGGGCGUAGGGGAGGACGCUGUUGUACCCAGGGAACUCCAUCCGAUACUUCCCCAGGACCUGGCAGAAAGGCGGCGCCGCCGCCGCCUCUUCGCACCACCCCGGCAGCCGGCUCGAGUUGUCCUCGAAAAAUUUGAGACUGUAUGCGUCCUUUAUCUGCAAUUCGUCACAAAUCAUAGGACUUAUAUGAAAUACCCUAUCAUUUUCCCACAAACAAACCUUGAAAUUAACUACAGAUACUUAGCCAUGCCGGAACCUGGUCCUCAAACCCGAGUCCAGGGAGAGAGAGAGAGAGAGAGAGAGAGUACGGAUACUAGCCCGAACUUGUCCUCUAACCCAGGUCUUCAAACCCGGGUCUAGAGAGAAAGGUAGAUAGAUACAGCGAGAGAGGGAGAGAGAGAGUACGGAUACUAGCCUUGCCCAAACUUGGUCCUCAAACCCAGGUCUAGAGAGAUAGUUAUAUAAACAGAUAUAGCGAGAGAAAGAGAGAGAGAGAAAGAGUACGGAUACUAGCCUUGCCCGAAUUUGGUCCUCAAACCCAGGUCUAGAGAAAUAGUUAUAUAGACAGAUAUAGCGAGAGAAAGAGAGAGAAAGAGAGUACGGAUAGUAGCCUUGCCCGAACUUGAUCCUCAAACCCAGGUUUAGAGAGAGAGAUUAGUUAUCUAGCCUUGCCCGAACUUGGUUCUCAAACCCAGGUUGAGAGAGAGAGAGAGAGAGAUGGGAGAACUGACGGUGAAUUCGGUGACGUGGAUGGAGCUGGCGAUGGGGCCGAAGAGGCCAGCGGCCUUGUACAUGCCGAUCACGAAGGCUAUGCAGGAGGCCGAGGGACCGUCGGAGUAGACCCACUCGUCCCUCUCCGGCACCGCCAGCAGCUCCGCAAACGACAUUCCCCCUCUUCGCCUCUCCACCUCCACCAUUAUCUCCGGGAAGCUCAGCCCCUUCACAAACCAGAACCAUAAACAAAAUCUCAGAGAGGAGGAGAAGAAGAAGGAGGAGGGGAAGAAGAAGAAGACGAAGAAGAAGGAGAAGAAGGAGGAGGAGGAAGAGGAGGAGGAGGAGGAGAAGAAGAAGAAGAAGAAGAAGGAGAAGAAGGAGAAGGAGAAGGAGAAGGAGAGGGAGGAGAAGAAGAAGAAGAAGAAGAAGAAGAAGAAGAAGAAGAAGAAGAAGAAGAAGAAGAAGAAGAAGAAGAAGAAGAAGAAGAAGAAGAAGAAGAAGAUCUUGAACCUGGGUGCCGAGGCGCUUGUUCAGGGCCUCGUCCCACAGGAUUGGAGCGUAAUCCGGCUGGAGAUGAUUCCACACGGCCAUGAACGACGCAACCUGCUCCCAACCCCGGAAAAAGGAGAAAAAAAAUCACCCAUGAAAUACCUCAUAUAAUUAAAGACGUUCGAUCAAUCUCCCACAAAGACAUAAUUAGUAAAAAUGCAUGGUGAAGUCAUCAGUAAGGAUAGAUAGAUAGAGGGAGAUAGAUAG